AUGCCUGUUCAGGACUACGGUGUUUGGAAGGGGUUACCUGUUCAUUAUGAGUUUGAGCACGAUUACGAAGACCCACAUUCCCCACAUCUAUCUCUAUAUUACCAUGAUAAUUCUGAAACGGAGCCUCAAUUUGACCGCAAGUAUCGUCAGAAACACAAAGGCAAACCUCCGAAAAAGAACAGUCCGAAAGAAAUUCCCGGGCUCUUCCGCGCAGCGAUCAACAUCAAGUCUACUGAUCGGGACUCUCGACUUGCUUAUUGGGUGAAUUAUAACAUCAGUGAGCAUCCAAUGGUCCAAGAGCUAGCCAACUUGGAUUUCGGCUUCCAUGAUCUCGAGGAUCUUGAAGGCAAAGGCUUGGACUAUAUCCGAUCUGGCCUAUUUGAUACUAAGAAAGGUCGUGUUCUUCCCCAUGACGUCGAAGGCCCAAAUAAUGAUAUGAUUGAUGUCUUGGAGCCUGAAGUAAAGGAAUCAAUCGACAAACACGCGGAUAUUUACAUUUUCGGUUCCCGCUUCGACACAAAAAAUGGAAUUCACAAUGUGCACAUGAACCAGGGCAACAUAAAGAGAUUCAGACGAGAUGACGGAGUUUUUCAGGAUGGAGGUCUUCUUAUCAAUAACAAGAAGACUGGUCGAUGGACCGGAAUUUUCCUUGCGUUUGCAUCACAAGCUGUGCACACAGACAAUGUUACCGGUCAUGCUAUAUCGCGUUUGACUUGGGGUCAAUUCCUUCCCACAGAUCUCAUUGAGAAUUCAGUGGCUAUCGAAGAAGCAGUUGUGAGAAAGCAAAACUCAGUCACUCUUAAGAAUCUGACAAACCACCAGGUAUCUUUGGCGUCGUGGCAGCUCCAUAACUCAGCUGGUCAAGCCCAAGAAUUUCCUGGUAAUGCAGUUUUGAACCCCAUGUCUACCUGUGGCUUUGAAGUGCCGAACCUCCAUCUUUUGAGCAAUGGUGACAUUAUUACUCUUGUUAAUGGAGACGGGUUGAAGGUUGAUGGUGUGAGUUAUAAUUCUCAGCAGGGAAAUAUGGAAGGCCAAUCGGUCGUUUUUGCGCAUUAG